CUUAGAUAUUUGAACCCUCUUCUUUUCAGUGGUAGAAGCCAGUUAAGUUGAUUUGGUGUUCUGGCCUGGCUUUUAAUUGUAGUCUAGACAUUUUCAGUACUUUCAAAAGUGGAUUAGUUGCUUAAUGGGAGCCUGCUUUUUCCAUACCAGAACCAGUUAGAUGUGUCUUUGGGAACAUUGUCCUGUUAGAACACCUGCGUUGUGUAAGUUUCAACCAUGAAGCUGUUUAUUUAAGAAGAAGUUAAACAUUUAAGAGCUAUUUCUCCAUACGUAAUAACCUGCCCACUUUGUUUACCAGUACCACUGCAUGAUGCUGCCACCACAAUGUUUUUCUUGCAUUUUAAAGCCUCAUAUUGACUCUUCUCAACAUUCUCGUCACUUUGGCUAAAUGACUCAUUUGUCUCAUCUGACCACAAAACCGCUCUCUUAAAUAACAUCUGGCCUGUCCGAAGUGGCAGCUGCAAAUUCCAGUUGUCCUCGAAGGUGGCGAUUUUCUUGGUUGGAGGCCUUUCAGUCCGUGGUUAUUUAAAACUUUCUUCACUGUGGACAGUAACACUGAUGUCUCAUCAGUUUCCAGUUUAUGGUGGGUCCGAGACCUUAGAGGUUCCUGUUAAGUUCUUGAACACUAAUUGGACACAGCUGGGUUUUCUACAAGGUUAUGGAACACAAACACGUCAAAACCGGUUUUAAUAGGUAAAGCUGGAUAACAUUAAGCUUCUGGGUUGAGCUGCUCAAAGCUCUUGACUUCAACUCUGUUAGAAUCUUGUGGAUUAUGCCUAAAACUCAUGGAACUUCAUCAGUCCUGCCAAGAACUGAAUAAUAAUUAUGCCAGAAGCUAGUUGAUGGCUACAAAAAGUUUGUGGUUGAAGUGCAACUCUCCAAGGGAAAUAUCAGUAGGGGGUUUAUUACCUCCACCACAGAGGUUAUGUUUUUGUUGUCUGCCUGUUUGCAAAAUGUCUCAAAAAGUUCUGAAUGUAUUUUGCUGAAAUUUUCAGACAAGGUGUGUAUCAGGACAAGGAAUAGAUGAUUAGAUAACUUGGAAUUCCCACAUGGUUCCUCACCCGUCAGCAGCUGACAUGCAGUAGCCUUGGCCGAGGUCAGCGCUCUCUGAGUGCUUUUCUAGUUUAUUUAUUUGAUCCUGUGUGGCUUAGAGAACUCCACAAUAAAUUUGAUUUUUGUGCACCCAGUUUUUGUUUUCAAAAGACACUGAAGUUGUAUGUUUUAUAAUAGUUGUAACCUGAAAAAAAAAAUUGAUCAAAUACAUUAAUUAAAACUCAAAAAGUGACUUUCAUGCAUUGAAUACACCGCCGUUUUUUCAGGUUUUCCCGAUUAGAAAGAAUGGAAAUGUCUGUAAUUUUCAUUGUAGGGACACUUCAACUGUGAGAGACUGAAUCUAAAAACCAAUUCAGAAUAUAACAUUGCAUGAUAUUUAAAUAAUUAAUUAGCAUGAAAUUAGUAUUUGGUACAAUAGAAAAAUAGAACUUAAAAUUUGGUACAGAUUCCUUUGUUUACAGUCACAGAUGUUUCCUGUGGUUCCUGACCAGGUUUGGGGACACUGAAGCAGUGAUCAUACAGGGGAAGCAUGUAUAUUCCGACCAGCUGGUUGUGCAAUUGUAUGACUAUUGCCUUGCCAUCUGCACCUGGUGGAAGAUGACCUAUUUGCGUGCAACAACAAAGAACGUGGGAGAUGUAGUUUCCAUAACCACGCCCUCCUGAACAAACUCCGAUAAGAGAGACGCUUCCUGGUCAGUCUUCACAUCUACAAGCUACUAUGUACAGCCUCAUGAGGCAAACAGCGAACAUAGUUUCAAGGCAAGAGUGGGGAGCAGCCGCCCCAAAACAAAAGGAGAGUCUGGAAGGUCCAGCCAAGAAAGUUGUGAUACACCACACUGCCCUCCAGAGCUGCAAAGGUCUGUCAGAGGGCAAGGACCGGCUUCACAGCAUACAGAGGCUUCAUAUGAAGGAAAGACACUUUGAUGACAUUGGGUAUAAUUUUCUUAUUGGAGGAGAUGGCAGUGUGUUUGAGGGCCGGGGCUGGGGUGUGAUGGGGGCUCACACCAAAGGCCACAACCGUGACUCCCUGGGCAUUGCUUUCAUGGGCAAUUUCAACAAUGACACACCGAGCAAAGAGGCAAUAUUGUCAGUCAAACAGCUGCUGAUGUCUGGGGUUUUGGAAGGCUUCAUAGAACCACAGUUUGUCCUGUAUGGACACAGAGAUUUAGGAGCUACAGAAUGCCCUGGAAAAAAUCUUUAUGCUGCACUAUCAAAACUGAGGAGCUCAGGAAUACAUUUCAGAGAAGGAGAGGAAGGGGAAGUCUAAACCAUGAACUUCUUUCAACCCUUCACCGACUAUUUCCUAAUCCAACAAAUUGAACUUGAUAUCAUGAGGGUAGAACUUAUUAUUAUUUUUUUUUAUUGCUGUCAAAAAAGCCCUGGCCUUUUCCUAGCAAGGACUUCAAUAUAACCUUGACACCACACCAUGAUGUUAGCAGCAGAUCCUUUAAGUCCUGGAAGUUGUGAGGUGGGGGCUCCAUAAAAUGGGCACAUUUAUCCAACACAACCUGCAGGUGCUCAGUUGGAUUGAGAUCUAAGGAAUCUGGAGGCCAACACUGUUCCUGAAUAACUUGUUUUGUGGCAGGGUUACAUUAUCAUACUGUGAGAGGCCACAGCCAGCAGGGGAUACUGUUUUAAUGAAAAUGUGUAAAUGGUCUGCAACAAACUUGGGUAAAUGAUACGUGUCAAACUAACACCUAUCCAUGUGGGUGGCAGGACCCAAGGUUUACCAGGAGAACAUUGCACAAAGCACCACGCUACCUCCACUGACUUGCCUUCUUCCUCCAUCUGGGAGCCAUUUGUUUCCUAGGUGACAAACAUGAACUCUGACUGCACUGUUCAAUGAUUAGGAUUAAUUGGAAUGUAUGUACCUGACUUUUGUGAAGUGCCUUGAGACGACAUGUGUUGUGAAUUGGCGCUUUAUAAAUAAACUGAAUUGAAUUGAACUGGGACAUCCACAUGAUAUAAAGGAAGGCCAGGCUACCUUCCUUCAUUGCUAUGUGGUCCAGUUCUGGUUCAUUAACUUCUUCAGAAAUUUGAGCAACAGUUGCUUCUUUGGUUGGAUUGAACCACAUCAGCCAGCACUCUCUCCCCACUGGGUUUAAUGAGCCUGUUACCUGUUUGCCACUAUUCCCUGUUGAAAGUUACUGACCACUGCAGACCUGGAACACCCCUGAAGCGCUACAGUUUUGGAGAUGCUCUGACCCAGUGAAACUUAGAUAUCACAACUUAGCUUUUGUCAAAUUUGUUACACCUGACCAUUUUUUCUGCUUCUGACACACCAAGUUUGAGGACAAAACGUCCACUUGCUGUUUAAGACAUCCCACCUACUAAUAAGUGCCACGAUGAAGAGAUAAUUUGUGUUAUUCACUUUACCUGUCAGUCGUCAUAAUUGUGAGCCUAAACGGUGUAUUAUACCUCAACCAGUUUGACGCCUGUAAGAUAGGAUCUUCACCACCAGAGAGAGCCAUGACAAAGGAUGAGACAAAAAGAAGCAACGUGUCUGCGUCACCGAACCCAGCAUUAAUCAAAUGUUUUGAGCUGAACGUGUUCUGUUAUACCAUUUUACCGUGACUAACUACUUGAGUCUAUGCGCAAUAUGAGUACGAAGUGCAAUUCAGUGAUUAAAUUCAACAUAAGUGCCUGCAAAAAUGAAUGUGUAUAUUUUUUUGUUUUGAUGUGUUGUAUUUUUUCAAAAAAAAUCCAAAUCCUUUUUGUAUCAUUGUACGAUUAUUUUUCAUUCCUUGUUUGUUGUUGUUUUACUUCAGCGCUUCACCCAAAAGAGAGCAGUGCUCAAUUUUCACCUUCUGGACCACAAAUACAGCUCAAUUAAAAAAGA